GGCCGACACAAAAAUAUUUCAAAACAAUUAUUUUACAUUUUCGAAAGAAUUCAAAGUAAAUUUCGACAUUAUAAUGUCGGACAGUGUGAGAAACCAUGUGUCAAAACCCAGGGACUUUAAACUUUUUAGAAAACGGAUUUAUUUGCUGAGUUUGAAACUGCUUAAAUUCGGGAGGGCUGGUGUGUUGGGUAAUGAUAUUUGAGUCCGCUAGGAGGAGCUAGCAGUACACACACACGAGCACUAGUCGCCAUGUUUAGCUAACCAUCGAUACAGAUGAUUAUUCUCCGGAAAUCCAGAAUAUGGUUUCUAUCUCAGCUUUGAAAAUGAAAGAUACAAACAGUGAGAGUAAGCCACCGGAGCCAACAGACGCCAUGGCCGACAAAUCCGACGUAAUGGCCGAAAAAUCCGACAAACUAGAAACGGAGGAUGAACAUGUUGAUGAAAUCAAGGUUCUUGAAUCGGAACACGAUAAAGAAAACCAGAACACCGGCCAGGAACCCGGACCUGACAGUGAUACGGAGCUAAAAAUCGACGAAUCGGCAAAACAGCCUAAAGAAAGUCACAAGAAAAAGAAGAUUCCAACCUACAUUGCGGAGAAGUCGCUACGUACGCGUUCCUACGUUCGUCGCAGACCAAUACCAUUGAAACGGAUUCAUGAGAUUGAUAUUCAAUGCGGUUCAAAAUCCUUUAUUCUCCAGGUUAACAACGAUCUAGAAGAGGUAGUGUACUGCGGGAACCAGGAGCUGUUAAAAUGUUUCUUGAGUCCUGUCGGGUUGAAGAUAUCCGACGUGAACAAUGUGCUCGUGGCUGGAAAAUAUCAGGCUCGGCCCCGCGGAGCACAGAACUGGGAACAUGAUUAUAAUCCUGCUCCAGGUUCAGACGAUGAGGAUGAAGAGUUCUUUGACUCAGUAAAAUCCAGGAAGGAGAAGGAAGCAACUAAAGCCGAACCGAUCAAGAAGGUUGGUGACCUGGAGUUUAUCAAGAACCCGAUUGAACGGAUGAAAAAGUUUAAAUCCUUCAAAGAUGGCAUUUUCUCUAAAGUGAAAGAAAUUGAUAGUAUCUGCGGAUGUUCAACCUUUGUACUAGUUGUGAACCUUGAGCGAGAUUGUGCCUUCUACUCCGGGUCCGAUUUUCUAGUUUCUCAGUUCUUCACAACCGGACUCAACGCGCAGAGCAUGCUCAAGACGCACAAUGUGCGUAAGUUCGAGACGGAAGAGAUCGACAACAAUCUGUGCUGUGUACCCUUCUGUGCUGUAACCAGGAAUACCUUAAGUAAGUGGAGGCUUGCUGCUAUUGAGGAGUUUGAGUUUCCAUCCCAGCUCCCCCUCUCUCUUCAUAUCUGUCCGGACGAAGACAGGGAUCAGUGGAUUGCAGAAAUAGAUCUUAAUCCAGAAUACAGGGCGAAGGUUGUUGUUUGUUCUCUACAUUUCCGAGAUGGUUUUCCCACUCCGGAGAACCCGUAUCCUACAGAGCUACUCACGGAGUCCAAAGAACGUCGGGUUUUCAGGGGUAAAAUCCCGGAGUCGAACCCUCCUGAACUCUCAGUGUCUGAGCUAAACCUUCUCUUCUGCCAGUCCUUGAUAGAUAAUAAUAUAAUGCGACGAGUGAACAAACAUAUUGAAACUUCAGAACAGAGAAAACUAGAAGAACAAGUAAGAAUUAAAGAAAAAGAAGAGAAAAGAAAGAAAGAGUUAUCAGCCCUGAAAGGGAUUAGAUUCUUUAAAUUCACACCCCUGUCGAAGAAGAAGUUGACAAGAAGCAGAUUGAAAAGAAAACGUUUGUCUUCCACAAUUUCCUUGAUGAAAAAACGACCUGGAGGAAUUCAGAAACAUAAGUCAAAACCAAGGUUAUAUAAAGGUUUUAGUCGACUAUCUUGUAGGUUCUGCUCACAACAGUUCUCCUACACCAAAGCAUUGUUUCAACAUGUACGGACGGUUCAUGUUGCUCCGGUGAGGAGGGUUGAGAAGAAGGUGUUCAAUGUAUCUCCCGGAGAACGGAGAAGGAUUUUAUCCCGACUUUAUCCACUGUCCCGGCUCCCAGCUUUGGAUCCUAGAAAGAAGUAUGUCUGUGCUGUGUGUAAAUCCGUCUGUGAUCUGGCAGGACUAUUUAACCAUAUGAAGGAGGUUCACCAUGGACUUCUCUGUCAGUUUUGUCUCAAGUUAUUUAAAAAGGUCCGUGACUUGUCUCGCCACAUUGAAGUUGCGCACCGUCGUGUCCCCCGCUACUACCACAGUAUGGAGAAGUUUAAGGAGUUCUCUGGGUCCAACUACUCCCUGGCGUGUGGAGAGUGCAGCUCCGUCCUGUCUGUAACAGAGGCGGAGGUUCAUGUUUGCUCCAGGUUACAGUUCGAUUGUCCCUGGUGCAAACAGCAUAUGGAGACACAGGAGCAAUUAGAGAAUCAUUUAAUCAAUGGCUGGUGCACUAACUUCAAGAUAUUCGACGCGCUGCCAGAUGUGAGAGAUAUUCAGGCUGUGUACAAGGUUUUGACGGGUAAGGUUCUGGAAAUCCCUGAUGACGAGGUUCUCCCCUCCUCCUCCUCCCUCUCCUCCUACCACCAGAUGAUGGAUACCGAGAUAAACUCCCUCCUCGAGGUGGAUAUAGGAGGAAACCAACCAGUAAUCAAGGCAAAAGAACCAGUUCCCGCGAAGAAAGCUGGAUUCUCCUGUUCUGACCGACUUAUCCUCGCAACCAUCAAGGGAGGGAAGGAAAACAAAGGAUUAGAGAAACCUAAGGUUGUCCUGGAAGACAUCCCUGUUAUUGGAACCAUAUUCUCUGGACCCAAGUCCAAGGGGAUCUCCAACAAUAUCAAGAAGGAGUUUAAGGAUAAGGGGAGAAGGUUUGAUAUCUCGGAGGAGGUCUCCAGUAGCGGAAACCAGGCUGUCAAGCUGGACGAUAAUAUCAGAGAACUUGUUAUACAAAAAGCUGGGAAGAAUUUUAUCAUUGAUAUUCCGCGGAAGGUUCAAGUAAACCAGGAGGAGGUGACGGAUCAAAGUUUAGUUCCCGCACGGUUGUCUAGAAGGAUUGCAAGACAACCCGUGGAUAAAAUUCAAGAUCCGGAGAAACCCAAACCUAAACCUACAGUCACAGAGAAUGUAUCCGAACCUAUCCGGAAGGAGAAACCCAAGUUUGAAUCCAGGUCGGAGAGAAUUAUAAGGUUGGAGUUUGAGAUUAAGGAGAGCAGUAAAAAGAUGCGACGAAUCAUUGAUUUCUAUUCGUCCUGUUUAUUCUGCCAGCAGUGUAAGACUGUGAGUGUUGAUGCUCAGUUCCUGCUCUCUCAUUUUCAUAUAAUCCACAGCGAGGAUGGAGUUAACAAUAAACUAGGAGAAAAUGCCCAGCAUUGUAUCUCCAGGAUUAAACGGUAUCUCAGAGAUAUUCGUCGGAAGGAGAUUCUCUUUAAUUAUAUCCCACCGGAGGAACUGUUUGUUCUUGAGUUCUACCGCUGUUCAUAUUGUCCAACGACCGAGUGCAAACAGUACAACGACCUGUUCCUACACACUGACACAGCCCACAACACCAAGGUUCUCACCUGUAAUAUCUGUCACAAUAUAUUCCUAAACUACGGGAGUCUGAUUAGUCACGUGUGUAACGGACCCCCGACCUCAUCAGCUGCCAGAGCAAGGUUUGCUUGCAAGAUCUGUCACAGGAUUGAUCUCUCCAGUUUCCUAGAUUUUCAAACUCAUAUCAGGAAGGAGCACAAUAUGUGCGAGAUCUGCUUUCAAUCGGAGAAGGAUCAAACCUCGCUUCAUGCUCACUGCUCCUCUCAUGAUCAAGAUCUGAUGUGCAUGAAAUGUUUCGUCACCUUUGAAAAAGUAGAUUCUUUCCGAAAGCACAUGUUCUGGAAGCACAGUAAUGAGCAGAGCGAGUGUAAAAAUUGUCAUGGACCUACCUGGCCGCAUGUUUAUCAUUUCUGUUUACCAAAUAUGUCCGUUACAUGUCAUACCUGUGAUCUUGUUCUACCUACAGCUGCAGCCUUCAGAGUUCAUAAUAGGAAACAUAUUGGAUCCACUCCGCAUCCUUGCCUUCAGCCUAAAUGUUCUAAAUCCUUCAUCAGUAAAAGCUUGCUCUGGAAACAUCAGGUCCGCAGACAUCCGGCUCUCAAGGAAUCUGUUGGGAAACUUCUCUACGAGAGAAAGCUGAAGAAAGAGGCGCUAAGGUUUGGUGCUGACAGCAUUGAAAGUGUAGACGUAGGUUUCAAGAUAGUCGACAAUCUGCUUGAUUUAGUUUGGGAUGAGAUUGAGAAACGGCAACCUGUAGUUGAGCCAGUGGUAGAGGAUGAACCGAAGAAGGAGGAGAAGAAAGAAAGCGUCCUUGAUGCCGCAAUUAGAUCUAUAAUGCCUGAGUCAGAAGAUGAAUUGUCUAAAUCUGUUGAUCCUGGUAACAGUACCGCUCUUCCAAACCCUGACCGAGAUGCAAUCCAGGCCACAAUAGCAGGACGGUCUUACUCCGAGGAUAACUAUUGGCAGGCAGGGAUAGAUGCACUGCUUGCGGGAGCUAGUGUCAAGGUUAAUAACGUUCCCUCUCCCUCCGAACAUCCUCCGGAUGAACUGCUCCAGACCAAGGAACCGGCGGACCAGGAGGACAUAAACUCCUCCGAAACAGAUGAUGAAGACAAAGCUCCGGUUCUUGGCGGGCUCUGGAAUCAGGAUCUAAUGUUUUUAGGAAAAACAGGAACUCCAGCACGUCCCAGACAUCAUGGCUAUCCUGCGCGUGGUGGCGGUGCCAAAGUGCGCGGAGUGCAUCCUUCAUAUAGAAACGCACAACCUGGCGGACCACGAAUGCGUGGUAUAGGUCCACGCAAGCAUAGACCUGAUAUCAACGUUGAAGGUUUAAAAACAAAUGAUGGUUCUAAUGCUCCUGAUGCUAAAACUCAAUGGGAUCUAAAUCUAUCUGAGUCCAGUGAUGACGAAAACGAGGAUGGUCAAACUCAACAGAAAACUUUGACGCGCAGGAAAAGAAUUCUGAACGCUCCGCGGCCCCUGUUAGAUCAUGAUUACUGCUACGCGGCGUAUAUGAUGAGCCAGGAACCUAUUGCAGAUACUACAGAGAUGGAUAAGAUUUUGAGCAACGUUGCAUUUGAUGGAUUCGGAGACGGAUACGAACAAACCUAUUUACCAAUUCCUAGUCCAGAGAAGAAGCGUAGGAAGAAGAAGAAGAAGGACAAGAAGAGGAAAAGAAAGAAGAAAAAGGACGAGGUGGAAGGAGAGAGCUCUGACUCCAGUGAUGUAGACGUGGAGGAGGAGGCUCGUGUAGACAUGUUCGGUAUUCAGGCCCGGCAUGGGAUGCAGUUCCCAAAUACUCCAACCUUACCUGUUGUUGGACGUAAAUCUCUGAAGAUCAAAGCUCCGCAAGCCCCGAUUACCCCGCUGUUAAUGCGAGGUCCUAAACCCAAGUAUCAUACUCCGGAUGUUGCUAAAACUGCUGGAGUAACUGCAGGCACAGCUCGUCCUUCUUUCGACACGGACAGUUCUAGUCACGGAGAGUCCGAUAUUGAUCUCUCCAAGGUUAAUGAAGACCUGGAGAAUAUAUCCGAGGACGAGGUUGGUAGUUCAGAUCUUGAUACAGAUUUCUCCGCUGAGGAAGGCUCUAAACCUCCCCCUGAGAUUAAGACGCCUAAACCUGUCGCGAAACCUGUAACAAAACCUACUCUCAAACUUAAGAUCAAACUACCGCCGCAACAAAAAGACCCAAAACCUGUUAAAAUUCCUAAACCCUCCAAAUCUAAGAAGAGACGAAGACCAAGUUUUGACGCAUCUCAGGAUGAAAAAGACGCCAAACCCUUAUCUAAGAAGAUGCGUGAAUCCUUGGCGUUGAACCGGAGAGCGGUUUCAUCUGAGGAGGAGAACUAUGAGGAGAGUUAUUCUGAAGCUGAAUAUGACGGAAUUCAGUCUACCGGAGUUAACCAGGAGAAUGAGAAGCUCUACUGCUACUGUCAGUGUCCCCAUGACGAUAUAUCGGAAAUGAUUGGCUGUGAUGCACCGGACUGUCGGCUGGAAUGGUUCCAUUUUGAAUGUGUUAAUAUAAUGGUUCCACCGGAGGGAAAGUGGUACUGUCCAGAGUGCACUAAAAGAUACGGAUUGGAUUAAAUUAUUUUAUUCAUGUAAACUAUGCUUAAUUCUUCUUUUGUGACAAUAAUAUUUAACCUGUGUUACUAAAUUCUA